UCUGUGUCAACUGACACCAAACCAUUCACCCGUCGAGGGGUUCUUUCCAUGGUGAACAGUGUCUUUGACCCUUUAGGGUUUCUGGCUCCAGUUACGAUCCAAGGCAGGGACCUUCUCAGAGAGUUGAAUUCCGAGACAUCGGAGUGGGACACCCCAUUGCCUGAAGAUAAGUUACGCAAGUGGGAGGCUUGGAGAAACUCGCUUCAAGACUUAAGGCACUUUCACAUAUCUAGGAUGUACACAGGCAUCUGUCCAACCAAGGCUGAGCGAGUAGAACUCCACGUCUUUAGCGAUGCAUCUGUGAAGGCCAUUGGCGCCGUGGCCUAUUUGAGAGCCAUCCAAGGAGACACAGUAGACGUUGGAUUUGUCAUGGCAAAGGCCAAACUUGCUCCUCAAUCAGAUCCAACCAUUCCCAGACUUGAACUGUGUGCAGCAGUCUUAGCAGUGGAAAUAGCUGAGCGGAUUCAGGAUGAAUUAGAUCUAAAGCUGGACGCCACCAAGUUCUACACUGAUAGCAAGGUUGUCCUUGGAUACAUUUACAACCAGUCCAGACGGUUCUAUGUGUACGUCCACAAUCGUGUCCUGCGUAUACGCCAAUCUACCAUCCCUGAACAAUGGCACUACGUGAACACCGAAGACAAUCCGGCUGAUCUGGCAUCACGGUCGGUUCCAGCAGCACGCCUCACACAGACGAGGUGGUUCAACGGACCAACCUUCCUGCGCAAGCUGUCCGUUCAGCCAGACCUAGCUCAGUCAUUCAGCUUAGUCUCUCCGGAGUCCGAUGCAGAGGUCCGUCCAGUUGUGAAGAGCUACAUCACCGAUCUGCAAGGGAAAGUUCUCAGCACAGAGCGCUUUGAAAGGUUCUCCACAUUCGACACUCUCCAACGAGCCAUCGCACUCCUGAUUCAUAUAGCAAGAUCCUUCAAGACUCCGACAGGCAAGUGUAAGGGAUGGCAUCGCUGUGGCUUACCUCACUCAGUUGAUGAGCUUUCACAAGCAAGAGAAGUCAUCAUCAGAGCUGUUCAGAGGAAUACGUUUGUGAAGGAAUUUGAAGCUCUGGAGAGAGGAAAGCAAGUUCCGUUAAACAGCUGCCUACGCUCCCUCAACCCGAUCUUACAGGCUGACCUCCUCCGCCUUGGAGGCAGACUGAAGAAUGCGGAUGUGGCCAUUGAACAAAAGAACCCUGUCAUUCUCCCAAAAGAACACCACGUUUCCUUGCUUCUUACCAGAUAUCAUCAUGCCCAAGUAAAGCAUCAGGGCCGUCAUCUAACAGAAGGUGCUGUACGAGCUGCUGGACUCUGGAUCCUGGGAGGCAAGCGGCUUGUGAACUCAACUAUUCACAAGUGCAUCACCUGUCGCAGACUUAGAGGACGGAUGCAAGAACAACAAAUGGCAGAUUUGCCCGCAGAGCGCCUUACAACCUGCCCUCCCUUCACAUACGUAGGCCUAGAUGUUUUCGGACCCUGGCACGUCUCCACCAGACGCACCAGAGGGACGCAACUGAGGGCAAGUGCUGGGCCAUACUAUUCUGCUGCAUGAGCUCCAGAGCAGUUCACGUUGAGGUGAUUACCUCGAUGGACACCUCAAGCUGCAUAAACGCGUUGAGGCGUUUCUUUGCCAUAAGAGGACCAGCCAAACAACUGAGGUCAGACUGUGGCACGAAUUUCAUUGGGGCCUGUAAAGAACUCGGGCUGAGUGCAGACCAACCGGACAGCACGGUGCAGAGGUACCUGCACCAACAAGGAUGCUCCUGGGUGUUUAACCCGCCUCAUGCCUCACACAUGGGGGGUUCAUGGGAGCGCCUCAUUGGGGUAGCCCGAAGAAUCCUGGAUUCAAUGCUACGUGAUCACAGCACUCGCCUAACUCAUGAAGUUCUGUGCACACUAAUGGCGGAAGUGACCGCAAUUCUGAAUGCAAGACCGCUAGUUCCAGUAUCGAAUGAUCCAGAGAAUCCAUACAUCCUUACACCAUCGAUGCUGUUAACGCAGAAAGUUGGGGUCCCACCACCUCCAGGUGACUUCACAGACAGGGACCUCCUCACUAAGCAGUGGAGACAAGUACAAGCCCUAUCCAACUUGUUCUGGAAUCGUUGGAGACAAGCGUACCUGUCAACCCUACAAAGCCGCAAGAAAUGGACAAGGUCCCACCAGAACCUGCAAGACGGUGACAUCGUCCUUCUCAAAGACAACCAAGCUGCCCGCAACAACUGGCCUUUGGCAGUGGUCACAAAGGCUAUUCCAGGAACAGAUGGAAGAGUCCGUAAGGUGGAAUUGAGGACAGCAAACCAAGGACAAUCAAAGACUUACCUUAGACCAGUGACCGAAACUGUUUUGCUUCUCCGUAAGGACUGAUGUUUCUGAUGUAGUUCUUGAUUGAGUUAAAUGUUUAUCCUAGUGUAGUGACCUCACAGUGGUCAGGCGGGGAGUGUGUCGCCAUUAGGGCGAUAUAUGUAUAGAGACUUUUAUAUUGACACAUUCAGAAAGAAUAGGACCUUUUAUUUUGAUACCGUUUCCUGUAUUUUCCUUACCACUUCCUGCCUUGUCAUCAGUUACUUCACAUUUAGUUCCUAUCUGCUGAAAACGGUUUCUACUUAAAUAAUUCCUCUCUGUGAACGAUGCUAGAAGCAAAGUCUUUUCACUCUGCCAUGUAAUGCUGGAUCUUCAAGUAAACAACAGUGAAAUGUUAACUACA